AUGGCGGGUGCGAAUGGAAACUUUCCGGCGUCACUGCCAGUUCUUGACGGAAAGGCCGACUGGGAUCGUUGGCAUACCCAGAUGGAGGUGAUCUUCGGUUUUCAAGAGGUUCUUGAAUACGUAACUUCUGGGUACAAUCCAUUACCGGCGAAUCCGACGGCUGAGCAAACCGAAGCUCACCGUGAGGCGAAGAAGAAGGAUCUGAGAGCUUUGUUCAUCAUUCACCAGUGUGUGAAUCCGGCCAAUUUCGAGAAGAUUGCGGCGGCCAAGACCUCAAAGGAAGCUUGGGAUAUCUUGAACAAGAGCUAUGAUGGUGUAGCCAAGUUGAAGAAGGUGAAGUUGCAGACUCUUAGGAGGCAGUAUGAAGCAUUGCGCAUGGAGAAAGCAGAAACGAUUUCGAAGUUUUUCACACGUCUUCAGACUCUCACGAAUCAGAUGAAGACGAAUGGCGAAGCAAUUACUGAUCUGAUUCUUGUUGAGAAGGUACUUCGAUCGCUGACAUCGAAGUUUGAUCACAUUGUGACCACAAUUGAAGAAUCUAAGGAUCUUGAAGCCAUGAAGAUCGAUGAACUGCAGGGGUCACUUGAGGCUCAUGAAAUGCGCUUGAACCUGAUGGAUAAUGAGAGAGAUACUGAGCAAGCUUUGUAUGCUCGUGGAAAUUCCAACAAGAAGAAUUGGAAUGACAAAGGCAAAUCUUUCAAGGGAAAAACUUGGAAAGGAAAAGAUUCAGGACACUCAUCAAGCCAUGAGGAAGAUACUGAUUCAAAAAGGAAGUGGGAUUCUAAGGGUAAAGGACAGGACAAGGAGAAGGCCAAGAAGGGAAAAAACAAGAAGAAAGACGUUCAGUGUUAUGCUUGUAAAAAGCUUGGUCACUAUUCCUAUGAGUGCAAGAGCAAAAAGAAAGGAAGCAAGCCAAGUGGAGAUGAUCAGGCUUAUUCUGCUCAAGAUGAUGAGUCAGAUUCUGAGCAGGUAUUGUUCGUUCUCCCAGCUGAUGUUGAUGAAACUUGUCCUGCUAAAAUUGCUAGUAUUCCCAGUGUUGAAGUGAUUAAUUCAGUUGUUAGUACUCAUAAAGAUGAUGUUAGUACCUGGUACCUAGAUUCUGGUUGUUCCUCUCAUAUGACUGGUCACAAGGAUUGGUUUGCUGACCUUGAUGAGAGUAGAAUUAGCAGUGUGAAGUUUGCUGAUAAUAGCAUGAUCACAUCUGCUGGAAAGGGUAGAGUUUUGAUCAGGAAGAAGAAUGGCAAGCAGGCUGUGAUUCCUGAUGUAUUGUUUGUUCCUAGUGUAAAGCAUAAUCUCAUAAGUCUAGGACAGCUUAUAGAAAAAGGUUAUUCUAUGAAUACAAAAGGGAAAAAGCUAUUGAUUUUUGGUCCAAAGAAGAAGUUAAUUCUUCAAUCAGUACUCUCUUCCAACAAGACUUUUAGAGUUGAUCUGGAUACUAAUGUUUCUCAGUGCUUGUCAGUCAAGGAUAUGAGUCCAGAUUGGUUAUGGCACGUAAGAUUUGGACACUUACAUUUCAAAGGGCUUUAUCAGCUACAUCAUGAUAGUAUGGUUAGUGGUCUUCCACUGAUUAAGGCUUUUGGUCAGCUAUGUGAAGAAUGUGUGUUGAGUAAACAACCAAGGAAUUCUUUUGCUGAAAGUAAGCCAGUGAUUUCCAAGGGUAGGUUGGAUGUUAUCUACUAA